AUGGGUAAUUUCUUAUCACAUCCAAUUGAAGAAAAGGAAAUAGACUAUAAGAAUUAUGAGAAAAUAUCAUAUUGUAUUGGUUCAAUGCAAGGUUAUAGAUUAUCAAUGGAAGAUGCUCAUAAUGUUUUGAUAAAUGAAGAUCAAUCAAUUAUUGUAUUUGGUGUAUUUGAUGGUCAUGGAGGUGAUCAAUGUUCAAAGUAUUUAGCUGAAAAUUUACCAAAAUAUAUUUUUAAAAGAUUAAAUCAUCAUCAUAAAUCUCAUAAAAAUCAAAAUCCAUGGUCAAAUCCUCAAAAUGUAAUACAUUUAUUAAAAAAUUCAUUUUUUAAAUUAGAUCAUGAUUUAUAUUCAAAGCAACAUCAAUUUGAUUUAAUAAAUUGUGGAAGUACUGGAAUAAUUAUAGUUAUUAUAAAUUCAAUUAUAUAUGUUGCAAAUACUGGAGAUUCAAGAUGUAUAAUUUCAAUAAAAGGUAAACCCAAAACAUUAUCAUUUGAUCAUAAACCAAAUAAUAUGAGUGAAAGAGUAAGGAUAGAAAAUUCAAAUGGUUAUAUAAUAAAUAAUCGAGUUAAUGAAAUUUUAGCAUUAUCAAGAGCAUUUGGUGAUUUUAAAUUUAAAUUACAAUUUUUACAAAACACAAGAAAUGAAUAUUUGCAAAAAAAUAUGAAUAAUUUAAAUAAGAAAUUGAUACAUUUACCUCCGGAAUUAUUUCAAGUCACUGUUGAGCCUGAUGUAUUAUUAUAUGAUUAUAAAGUACAAAAUUUACCUGAAUUUAUUGUAAUUGCUUGUGAUGGAAUUUGGGAUUGUUUUAAAAAUGGACAAUUGAUACAAUUAAUAAGAGAUAAAUUAGUAUUGGGUUGGAGAUUGAAUAAAAUUGUUGAACAUAUCUUAAAUACAUCAUUGAGUUUACUGAAUCAUUUUACUGGGGUUGGUUAUGAUAAUAUGACUAUAAUAAUAAUACCUAUACAAGUAGAAGGUCAAAGUUUGGAUGAUUGGUAUAAAUUAAUGAUAAAUAGAAUAGCAAAUGAAAAGGGUUUAAAUUAG